AUGGAAAAAUCCGAACGUUACCCAGAGCUGCAAUCUAUUGAGGAGGUGGCACUGGACACCGUGGUGUCCGUCAUGAACAGAGCUAAGGAACAGCUAGGGCAACGGCAAACGCUGAAGGGACUUGCACGUUGCCGUGAACUCUUCGGCGGUAAAACCAAGCUGGACGUCACCGGCCUCCGAGCUCCCCUGGCCAUCACAGCAGAACACUUCAUCGACGACACCAUCAGAUAUCACUGGAAGCUGACAGAUCUCUUCAUGUUCGCCAUCAACUACAAGAACACUUCCAUUGAUGAAACUUCUCAUUACUACUACUAUGAGGCUAUAUUCAGCCAGCCUACAGCCAAGUAUCCCAUACCUCAAGCAACAGCUACAGUCUACUUUAGGGUUCAAGAGAAGUACACUCAUCCAUCCAAAAACGCGCCAGUCCCUUUAAUUCAAUUCCAGCUAGAAGGGCAGCGAACAUCACACGAUAUCCGCUACGUCACGCUCAUGCCCGAAUGGCUGCUGGCCAUCAUCAAGAUGAAAAUAACUCUCUUCAAGCGCAUUGAGGAAUAUAACAUCUUUUGAGACUGUCAUGUAGAUUGAAAACGAGUCCUUAUCCGCCGUUUA